AUGGAUGACGCAGAUGAAAUUAUAUUAUUAACAGUCAAAGAUUUAGGAUGUGAGGUCGAACAUAAUAUAACUAUAAAAGAAUUUGAUGCAGAUAUAUUUUAUAAAUGUUUGAUACAAUACUUGAAAGCAAUCAAUGCAGACAAGGUAUCAAAUUUGACGGCAACCAUACCAAAGAACAUGUCGGCCAGAGUCAAUACUUCGAUCAAGGAGAGUUGGAUGCCAUACUUUUGUCCAUUCACCAAGCGUAUCCCGGGCAACUACUCGACUGCACGUCUGUUUACGACGGGUCCUGUAAAGAUACCAGCACGUGGACGUCAGGUCAAGGUGACACCCGGACUCGAGUACUACUACAUCAAUGUGCUGCCACCCGUGACACUGCAGCCACAACGUGCCGACGACAUUGCUCCGUCAGUGUUUGAAUACAAUUUGUCGGUGUUUGCCGAUACUCAAGAAAGAGAGCGCGAGUGGAGCGAGAGGGGUGUAUCGUCGGGUCUGUCGCCCGUAGAGUAUGCCAAGCAAAAGCAGCGUGGUGUGUCGUCGCGUAUGGACGACUCGAUUAGAAGUGCGUUGGUGGAUGGUGGUGUCGGGUUGGAGGGACGUCGCGGGAAUGGUGGUGUGUCGGCUGGUUUGACACUCGACGACAUUAUCGGCGGGUUCAGUGGACGUGCUGGUGGCGAGGACAUGAACGAGUUUGCGCGUAAGAUGUUGUUCACAACCGAGCAGGGUGAGCAGACUGACAGCGGCGCCGCCGUCGCAAGCGGUCCCAAAGAGACCGAGGAAGAGCGUCUCGAAAAGCAACGCCAGGAACUCGACGAGCUGCAAAGCAGCCUGACUGCAGCAGUCGACGAAAUAGCAGAGACCAACCGCGACAUGGAAGAGUUUAUGCAACUACUACGUCAACUUGAAGCCGACAUUAAUGAAGAGGAUGGACGUCGUGGCGACCUCGAAAAGCAGUACAAGAUCAAGAAAAAGACGUUUGCACUGCUCGACAAUGCCGACGAGAAUCUCAAGCAGCUGCAGAUGUUGUGUCAGCAGUCGUCGGCCGCUUUGAUCGAGAUGGCUGGCGAAUGGGAGCGCGUGCGUCGUCCAAUCGUCGACAAGUUCCGUGCACUCCGUGACGAACGUGCCAACCAAAACGACGAGGCCAAGUCCAAGCUCGAACGUGUCAAGGAGAUGCGUGCACUCAUCAAGAAGCUGAUCGCCGAGAUUCGCGCCAAGGAAGAGCUGUUUGGCCAGCUCCAAGAGACGUACAAGAACGCACCCAAGGACACCAACCGUUCCAUGUACACCCGUCGUAUCCUCGACACUGUAAAGAACAUCAAAAAGCAAAAGGUCGACAUUGACAAGAUUCUUUUGGACACCAAGACACUGCAAAAGGAGAUCAACACCAUCACUGACAGCGCCGUGCGUGCCUUUGACAAUGUCAAGGAUAUCCUCUACGCCGACGCCAAAAAGGAUGAGACUGCCAAGCUCGCCAUCAAGUCGUUUGCCGUCAUUGAUGAAAAGUUCCAAUCCCUCUUGCUAGCAAUCGACGAGACUGGCACCUACCAAAACAACAUCCUCACCCUCACCUCUAAAAUCGAUCACAUCUCUCAAAAGACAAAUACCCUCAAUUCCGAUCGUGUAUUGAAUGAUCUUAAAAAUAUUAAAACUGACAAUCAAAAUCUUAUCAAACAAAUUAAAACUAGAAUGGCUGCAAACAAAUCAUCAACUGCCGAAUAA